AUGAUUGAGCAAAGUGCUGGAAGACCCAGGCACCAUAGAUCAUCAGCCGAGCCGAGCCGAGUUUUUGUAAUUGCCCGAGGUUUAAUAAUUGCCUUAUUUUGCGCGGUGCAGCGAUUAGCGGAAGAGUUUGGUGGUAAGCACGUCAAAUUCCGAGUGCUCGGCUUCAAGGCUGACUUCUUUGGAGCCUAUGCAGACGCAACGAUUACAGAAUGUACAUUCCUCGAUAACGCUGUUCAUCCGGCACAUCAAACCCUUGCGGCUUUCUCAUCUUUUGUCACUAUGGUGUACUCAUCCGUGAGAGAUGGCUUUUAUGCAGAGAUGCGGCGUAUGCGACGCGCAUCCAAUAGCUUUAGUACGGGUUCCAAUUCGUCCUGCCGCCGAAAAAUCGUUUCUGCUGAUUGUGGUGCUGAUUGUUCACCAAGGUAA